AUUUUAAUUGUUUGUUUUCUUCAUUUAUUAAAUAUUAGAUCACGUGCGUAAAACAGUCCAAUAAAAUAGGCUUUGGAGGGAGCAGAUUUUGGGAGGAAAAAACAACACUCCAGGCAAGGCGGAGGAUUAGGAGAUCCAGAGAGAAGGAAAAAGGAGGGGUUUGUUGAGGGAGCAACUCUGCUCUCCAAAAUCGCCUGACCGCGCACUCUGAGCCGGACGCAUCCUCUGCGCGCUCUCUGUCUCCAAGCUCGUGUGUAAAGACAAAGCUGAAAAAUGAACUCUGCAGUGAAGUGGUUGCUUAUCCUCUUCGCUCUCGUUUCCAUCAUUCUCAACAUCAUCCUGAUCAGCAUUUACUCCAACACGGCGCCCAAAUGUUCCGCGCAGCGCGUGCACCCGCUGCGAGGCAAGCACGACGAGCGCAGUCUCGUAUUUGCGGACCUCACACAGGAGGAGUACGCGCAGGUCCAGCGGUACAUGCUCCAGCAGAAGGACCUGGACAUCUCCACCCAGCAGGUCACUGAGCCGGGGGCAAACUUCUUGUUCUUAAUCGACCUCUCUCUGCCCAAAAAAGCGGACGCGCUGGCUUAUUUGGACGGCAAAGGUCCUCAGCCGGUGAGGGAGGCGACGGUGGUGGUCUUCCAUGGCGCACGGGGCUACAUCAAGGAGUACGUGGUGUGGCCUCUUCCCAACCCGAAACACCACAGAGAUGUGACCACUGAGAGGUACAAGAGGGAGCUGCCCAUCAAUGCGCGCACGGUCACCGUGGGAGAAUACGUCCUGCUCUCUGGGUUCAUUAAUAACAAAGUGUUCUCCAAACUCAGCAAGCUCUUGAAAGAGAGCUUCGACGUUAACGAGGGCGAGACGCUGUAUACUUUUGAGCAGGUGCCGCGCGGACUCAGAUCUGGACACAGGACGUCGUGGCUGAACUGUUUAAAGGACGUGAGCGGCGUGUACGUCAACCCCGUGGGUUUGGACCUGCUCAUCAACCACGAGAGCGUUAAUGCAUCCCACUGGAAAGUCGAGCGGUUGUUUUAUAACGGCCAAUACUUUGACAGUGUGGAAGAGCUGAAGCGGAAAUAUGACGCUGGGACUAUAAAGAAAAUAGUCUAUAAGGACUCUCCAAACCACGCCUCCCUGAAAACCAGGACCAAGCCGCUGCAAAUGGGUCCGCAGCUGUUUUACGCAGAGGGGAAGCGCUACAGCAUCAGCCACAACCACGUCCUCUACCUGGACUGGAGCUUCGCUUUCGGGCUCAGCUCUCUCACGGGCAUGAGGGUGUUUGAUGUGCGCUUCAGUGGAGAGAGAAUAGUCUACGAGCUGAGCGUGCAGGAGGCCACGUCUGUCUAUGGUUCUGCGACACCAGGCAUGAUGAUCACAAAGUUUGUGGACUCCAACUUCGGAAUAGGACGCUUUGCGCACGAGCUGGUUCGUGGCGUGGAUUGCCCCUCGGCAGCCACGUAUGUGGACACAUAUCGCUACAUAGAUGUGCCAGUUCCGGUCCGAUACAGGAACUCCAUCUGCGUAUUUGAGCACAACAUGGGUCAGCCCCUGCGGAGGCACUUCUCGGAUUUCUCGCACCACAGUUACGGAGGCAUGGCUAACAGCGCGCUGGUGAUGAGAACCAUCACAGCCAUUGCGAACUAUGACUACAUGUGGGACUUUGUCUUCUACCAGAAUGGAGCAGUGGAGGCGAAGGUGCACGCGACCGGCUUCAUCGCUUCUUCUUAUCUGGUGGACGGCAGUCUGAGAUACGGACACCAGGUAGCAGAAAAUGUCCUGGGAAACAUCCACACACACUUCGUCAACUUCAAAGUGGACCUGGAUGUCACGGGAGUGAAGAAUGUAUUCCAGACCAAAGACAUGCAGUUUGUGAACAUGUCACUGCCAUGGCGUCCGGAUCGUUACGCCAUGAUCCCAGAGCUGGUGGAAAAACAACUGAAAACAGAGAAGGAGGCCGCCCUGCGUCACCACACUAAGACUCCUCGCUACCUCCACAUCGCCAGCAACAAGACCAACCGCUGGGGUCACCAGAGUUCCUACAGGCUGCAGGUGUACACCUUUGCAGGGGACAACCUCCCAGAGAGUGAAGCUGAGGAGAAGGCCAUGUCCUGGGCCAGGUAUAAAGUUGCUAUCACUAAACAUAAGGACUCAGAACAGACCAGCAGUAGUGUGUACAAUCAGAACGACAUGUGGAAUCCUGCUGUCGACUUCAGCAAGUACAUGGAGGACGACGAGAGCAUUGAGAAUGAGGACCUGGUGGCCUGGGUGACUGCUGGGUUCCUCCACAUCCCACAUGCUGAGGACAUCCCAAAUACUGUAACCGUGGGUAACGGGGGCGGGGUCCUGCUGCGGCCCCACAACUACUUUGACGAGGAUCCGUCAGUCAAUUCUCCCGAUGCGGUGUAUUUCAGUGCAGGUGAUGAGGACAGCUGUGAGAACAACAGGAUGGCCUGCCUUGCUCAAGAGACCUGCAGCCCUGUGCUGGAGCCGUACACUUAUCACGGCUUUGAGGGAGUCGUGAAGUUUGAGGACUGGCAAUGAUUCACUGAUCACUGCUGGGUAUUUGCUUUUAACACCUGAGGAUUUCACAGAUGGACAUCAGUAUACACUGUCCUCAUAUCAGUAAGGUUUGGUCAGCUGUGUCUUAUUUUGGAUUGAUUCUAAAUUGAGAAGAUUGAUACCAUUUUAAUGGUCCAUGAAGUAGCAGAGCCAGCAUUGAGGGAUCCGUUUAUCUUUGAAGGAAAAAUGUGUCGCGUCGAUUCAUGUUCAGAAGCUGAUGACACGAAUGAAGACAAAUGAAGAAUAAUGAGAUCCUUUCUUGUAUGAAAAUGCCACCGUCAGCAGGGAGGUGCUUGGUUUGUUCCAGUCUGCAGUCUCACUAUUAGAUGUCACUAAUUCUUACACACUGGACCUUUAAAUAAAACAUUUGUUUUCUUUUUCUGAGCUCUUCUCAGGCUUUUUGACAAUCAUGAACGUUCCACUUUUUUAAAGUGGAACAUUUUCUCAUAAAUAUUGUAAUGUCCAUGUCAUUUUAUUGUGAAAUUCCCUCUUAUUUUGAAGUCUUUUUCGUCCCUUGUCUGUGUGCACUUUACUUUUCCCCUCUGUGAUCACCUGUGUCUUAUUCGUCUCUCCCUAAUCCCUCAGCAUAUAUAACCCCCUCCCUCUUCCUUUGUCUGAUCGUGAGUUUGUUUGUUUGUCUUUGUCUUCCGUCGUCAGUGUGACAUGCACCGAGCUGUUCUCUCACCGUCCAAUGGGAUUUAUUCUGUGGAUUUUUUGCACCUCUGUGCUUCGGUGGAUUACUCUCUGUGUUUGCCUGUUUUUUUGUGUGACUCUGUCUUGACUGUGGAUCUCGCUGCCAUCUAUUUGAGGAUCCUCGGGUUUUGUACCUUUGCCUCUGUUUUUGACUUUGCAAAUAAACUUUGUUUCUUACCUCC